CAGACAGUCAGUCACAUCUUUACUGCUCUACACGCACUCAUUCUUGUACUCUACUACACGCACACCAAGCCCACGCACCUGCUCACGCGACGAUAUAUCGACUGGCCGGACCAGACUACCACACCACAGCUCCCCACCCUCCACACCGAACCACCCCCCACGCCACCACCAUGGGCCAGGCUGAGUCGAGCGUGUUCUCCAACCUCGAGAAGAACUCGAACUUCUCGGCACCGGAGCUCCUCCGCCUCAAGAAGCGCUUCAUGAAGCUCGACAAGGACGGCUCGGGCUCGAUCGACAAGGACGAGUUCCUCCAGAUCCCGCAGAUCGCCAACAACCCGCUCGCGCACCGCAUGAUUGCCAUCUUUGACGAGGACGGAAGCGGCACGGUCGACUUUCAGGAGUUUGUCGGCGGCCUGAGUGCGUUCAGCAGCAAGGGCGGGCGCGACGAGAAGCUCAGGUUCGCGUUCAAAGUCUACGACAUGGACCGCGACGGGUACAUCUCGAACGGCGAGCUGUAUCUCGUCCUGAAGCAGAUGGUUGGCAACAACCUCAAGGACCAGCAGCUGCAGCAGAUUGUCGACAAGACGAUCAUGGAGGCGGAUAAGGACGGCGACGGCAAGCUCUCGUUUGAAGAGUUCACAGACAUGGUCGCGAGCACAGACAUUGUCAAGCAAAUGACCCUCGAGGACCUGUUCUGAGUAGACGCAGGCGACACGACACGAUCGAUCAUAUACCCGUGCGGAGAGAGAGCGUCUGCAUAAUGUGUACAG